UUUGCUCUGACAACUGGGCCAGCGCAAACGGAUCAGAUCAAACGCACGCGACGCAGGCCACGCCCACGUGGACGCUCCCCGCCUCCGCUCGUCGCCGCCGGCAGCAUGUCCCACGGCGGUGUCUUCCUCGGCGUCGACGUCGGCACUGGGAGCGCUCGCGCAGGUGUCUUCGAUGAGAAGGGUAAGCUGCUGGGUUCAGCGAGCAGCCCGAUACAGAUAUGGAAAGAGAAAGAUUGCAUCGAGCAAUCAUCGACAGAUAUCUGGCUUGCGGUGUGCACUGCUGUAAAAUCUGCGUGCUCGCUUGCAAAUGUCGCAGCUGAGGAUGUCGCUGGCCUUGGAUUCGCCGCUACUUGCUCCCUUGUUGCUGUUGAUGCUGAUGGUUCCCCUGUUUCGGUUUCUUGGAGUGCUGAUGCAAGAAGGAACAUCAUCGUGUGGAUGGACCAUAGGGCUGUUGACCAGGCUGAUCGAAUUAAUGCUCGCAAUUCACCGGUAUUGCAGUACUGUGGUGGGGGCGUAUCUCCAGAAAUGCAAGCUCCAAAGCUUUUGUGGGUAAAGGAAAAUCUGCAAGAGUCCUGGUCUAUGGUAUGUAGGUGGAUGGACCUUAGUGACUGGUUAGCAUAUAGAGCAACUGGUGAUGACACCCGCAGCUUAUGCACAACUGUUUGCAAAUGGACAUAUCUUGGACACGCACACAUGGACCAGUGGAAGGAAUCAGAUUCAUGUGAUAUGCAAGCAUGUGGAUGGGACGAUGUCUUUUGGGAAGAAAUAGGCUUGGGAGACCUUGUUGAAGGGAAUCGUGCAAAAAUAGGACGCAGUGUUGCAUUUCCAGGCCAUCCUCUAGGUUCUGGUUUGACACCUACUUCUGCAAAGGAGUUAGGCUUGCUUCCGGGGACACCUGUUGGAACUUCACUUAUUGAUGCUCAUGCCGGUGGUGUUGGAGUAAUGGAAAGUGUGCCAGAGGCAGAAUCUAAAGAUGACUUAUCUGAUGAAGAAGCGAUUUGCCGCCGCAUGGUCUUGGUCUGUGGGACAUCCACAUGCCACAUGGCUGUUUCAAAGAACAAAUUAUUUAUUCCUGGUGUCUGGGGGCCAUUUUGGUCUGCGAUGAUUCCUGAGUAUUGGCUCACAGAAGGUGGUCAAAGCGCAACUGGUGCGCUACUUGAUUACAUUGUCGAAAACCAUGCUGCUGCUCCCCUUCUGGCUAAUCAUGCUGCUUCUCAGAGUGUGUCCAUAUUUGAGUUGUUGAACAAGAUAUUGCUUUCGAUGUCACAUGAACAAAAUAUCCCCUUUCUAUCUGCCUUGAGUCAAGAUAUGCAUGUCCUUCCAGAUUUUCAUGGAAACCGGUCCCCUGUUGCUGAUCCAAAAUCCAAAGGAGUGAUUUGUGGCUUGACACUUGAUACUAGUGAAAAGCAUUUAGCGCUUUUGUACCUAGCAACAAUUCAGAGUAUUGCGUAUGGAACUCGUCAUAUUGUGGAGCAUUGCAAUGCUCAUGGACACAAGAUCGACACUCUUCUUGCCUGUGGCGGACUCGCAAAGAAUUCCUUGUAUAUUCAAGAGCAUGCAGAUAUCAUCGGAUGUCCAAUAAUACUUCCUAGAGAGAAUGAGUCUGUACUUUUAGGUGCUUCUGUUCUGGGUGCUGUUGCUGCAAAGAAGUUUUCGGGUAUUCACGAUGCAAUGAAGUCAAUGAAUGCAGCUGGAAAGGUCGUGCAUCCAUCUUCGGACCCCAGGGUGAAGAAAUACCAUGAUGCCAAAUAUCAGAUAUUCAGGUCACUGUAUGAGCAACAGCUCUCUCAUCGCUCAAUCAUGAUGCAAGCAUUGCAGUAGGGCAACGUGAUCACUGAGCUGGGUACUUCACUCUUGGUUCCGAAUACCCCAGACAUGUUGCUAUGUUUCCUCGCGUUAUGACAUGUAAAUAAAUCCCAUUCUGUUAUGGAAGCAGUGAUACAAUAAUGCCUAUGACUCACAAAAAGUAUAAAGAAAAUGAUCCUCUGUGGUGGAAUGGUAAUUAUAUACCACAAAGUUUCUGUUA